AUGUCUAAAAGAAAACACAAAUGGGCAAUUGAUUUUGUUAGUUCUGGAAGGGGCCAGGGAAACAGAUCUGUGGUAGCAGUGACAGAAAACCUGCCAGCUCCGGUCGGCUUCACCGAUGUGACCACAGUCGCAGAGAAGGCCAAAGAGGCAGAUUCCAGUCUUAUUAUUAAAAAAUCAUGGGAGAUUGCGCUGGGUCCGCUCAAGCAGGUUCCCAUGAACAUGUUCAUCAUGUGGAUGGCCGGCAGCUCCAUCUCCAUCUUCCCCAUCAUGAUGGUGGGCAUGAUGUUCUUCAGGCCCAUCCAAGCCAUGAUGGCCAUACAGAACACAUUUAAAAGCAUCGAAGGUGAGCAGGCGAUCCUACAGAAACUAGUGUUUUGUUUUGGCAACAUUGUAUGCCUGGUAAUGGCUGUGUACAAGUGCCAAACGAUGGGAUUGUUGCCAACACAUGCUUCAGACUGGUUGGCAUUUGUGGAUCCUCAGAAG